UUUUUUUUACUUUACUUUCUUCUCUUCCCAACAAAGCUUUAGAUGGCGGAUACGUUUAGCUGUUGAUUUUGGGACGUUUGAUCAAAUUUUUCGGCUAUUCGUAGAAGAAAUUGUUCAAAGAAAUGACCGCUUGAGGACUUACCCAGAGUCGAUGGUUUUGAUAGUUUCAGUGGGAACUCUCAGUUUGCAUGUCACUCUAACUUUUAUCUGCUCACUUGCAACUAUGGCUCAUUGUGUCUGAGUAUGCAACUCAAAAGCAAUACCCGUCCCAAGACAAUGUCUGUUAAUCAUUCAAAUUUAGAUAGAAUCAGUGACUUACCAGAAGAUGUCAUUGAGAAUAUACUCAUGUUGUUGCCAAUUCGAGAUGCAGUAAGAACUAGUAUCUUGUCAAGAAAAUGGAGGAACAAAUGGGCAGAUGUUCCUCAACUUCUAUUCGACACUACUUUUACUCCGAUAAGUCAAGAAUCGCAAACUAAUAAACAUCUCGUUACCAUAUAUGAAGUAUUAUUGCUUCACUCUGGACCAAUUCAUACAUUCGAUCUCUCCUUUCCUGGAUUGAAAAGUUGUCCUGAGAUUGACCGAUUCAUUCUUUUCCUGUCUAGAAAAGGUGUUCAAGAUUUCAAACUUCGCAUCUCAUCUGGAUCCCCUCACAAAUUGCCCUCAUACCUCUUUUCAUGUCUGUAUCUAAAAUGUCUUGUUCUGGGUUUGUGUGUACUCACACCUCCACCUUCAUUCAAAGGCUUUAGCACACUCAUUAGUCUAAAGCUUCAGGAUGUCCAACUUCCUUCAAACUAUAAAGAUUUUAUCUGCAAUUGUUGGUUACUUGAAGAGCUGAUGUUGGAGUCGUGCUCAGCUAUCUCUUGCCUUAAUAUCAGUUGUCCUAAACUCAAACUUCUUUAUUUUAAUGGUUAUUACCGAACUUUGCGCUUUAGAAAUAUGCCCCAUCUUGCAACAGUGUCAAUUUAUUGGAUUUCAGCUAAAUCUGAGGUAUUGAAAUUACCUGAUUUUGUUCGGGUACUACAUAGUUUACCUGCAUUGAAGUACCUGAGUGUAGAUGAUUAUUUUCUGGAGGCGUUGACGAGGCUUCCAACUCCUUUGAUGCACUUGAAAACUAUUAGAACUUUUUAUGUAUGCUUUAGUAGUUUGGAGGAAGUCAUAUCUGUUUUUCACUUGCUUAGAAGCUCUCCUAACUUGCAAAACCUUCAAAUUGAGAUGUGCUCAGAAGCUGUUAAACCUUCUGAACAAGAAGCUGAAGAAUUCUUAAAAGCUGAAGGGCAGUCAGAGUACUCCUUAAACCAACUUCGGAAAGCAAAGUUGCAAAAGUUUAACGGUAGUAGACCUGAAGUAGAGUUUGUCAAGUUUUUGUUAGCCAAAUCACCUGUGCUUGAGACAAUAUCUCUGCAGCCUCAUGAAGGGAUGUCCAAUGACGAACAACUUGCAAUAUUGAAGGAGAUUAUUCAAUUUCGCCGUACAUCACCUAAUGCACAAAUCAUUUGUGAGAAAUUUGUUGCGGAUGCUGUUGUAGUAGUUAGCAUGUGAAUGCAUAUGUGGUUAGAAUUAUCACCAAAACUGAGUAUGUUUAUCUGUUUUUUGGAGCUAAAUUUUAAUAGCCUAUGACGGCAUUACUCA